AUCUAGGCCACACAAUACGGGCUGCAGGCUCAUUGUUGCCGCUCACCAGCAGGCCUAUCACCCCUUCAGGGACAAGGCCUGUCUUUCUGUUUAGUGACGGCUCAACAUGCAUCUCACUGAGCUCAACCGUGAAUGCCUCCUCCACCUUUUCUCCUUCCUGGACAAAGACAGCCGCAGGAGUUUGUCCUUUACCUGUCAACAGUUGCGUGAGGUCUUCAUGGACCCCCGCCUCUGGAAUCUACUUCACUUUAACUCUCCGUGCGAGCUGAGGAGGGACAACUUUGUUCUGGGACCCUCAUUGCGCUACUUGACUGUUUGCUGGUACUCCAGCAGGGUCCUGCAGGUGUGUAACAUAGAGGACUGGUUGAAGAGCUCAUUUCAAAAGGACAUCUGCAGUAAACACGAACGCUUGGUCAGCACUUUCCUAUCCCAGGUCCGCCUCAUGUAAGUGUUGGUGUGCUUUGUUGUGUAUUUUGGGUUGUCACCUGAGAAUUAUUUCUAAUGGUGGUCUGUGAUGAAACAGAUCAACAGUGAGUGGACAGAAAAACUUCACAGCUGGCAGUGAAGCUGGUUUAAGUUAACACUAGAGCCUCUGUAUGACCUAUAAAAGCAAACACACUAACAGCGACAAAAUUAAUCAUUUCUAUGUAGUUAUUUAAGGGCUUUUAUCAGGGGGGUGUAACACAAAGUGAGUAACAGCGUGCAGCAUCAACAGCCUCUGUUUACAUUUUCUACAUUUUCCAAGAUUCACGCUGAAUGAUACAUUUGACCGUUCAGAGAAAGCAGGAUCACUUUUUAUCCCCUUGCAGACAAACAUCGCUCCCACAGAGAGAUAGAAGGCAUAAUUUGGUCCACAGGGGGCGCCAAUAACGAUACAAACCCACAGUUUCUUAUAGGCGCUUUAAUCUAAAGUAGUUCUGGGCUUGACCUGAAGAAGCUUUAAUAUUUAGGUUGAUUCAAAUGAAACAAAAAAAAAUUAAUGAAGUAUUUCACAUGAAAAAAAGUUUGCAAAACAACGAAACUAAGUAGCAGAAACACUUUUAUGGGACUUAUGCUGCGUUCAAGUUACCUUGGAAGUCAGAUGUCCGAGCUGGGAAUGACGUUACACCCAAGUUACCAGCAUUUCGGUUACCAAGUCGGAAAAAAGCAAAAUCAGAGGCAGAAACAAGAUGGCUUCAUCUAUGAAAGGGGGUGCUAAAAUAACUGAAAUAACUUUUGUAGAUGUAGCCAUCCUGUUACCGCCUCCGAUUUUGCUUUUUUCCGACUUGAUAACUAAAACGCUGGUAACUCGAGUGUGACGUCAUUCCCAGCUCAGAGAUCUGACUCUCAAGGUAACUCGAACGCAGCAUUAUUCUCUUAGCUCUUCUUUUCUGCCCUCACAUUUAGCUUGUUUACCGUUGGAGAAGUCACAUCCUCUGGGCUGACAACAAAACAAACCAUAACCUCAAAUAUGACCACUCGGCCAAACCACUUCAACAUAUUUAACAGACCACGAGCAGCUUCCAGUUACAUGUCUGGACUGUAAACAAAGGUAAUUUAGUCCGUCCUUGCAGCUGCUUUUUUCACGAGAGGAUGAUGAAGUAUUGAGCUGAAGUACAGGCUUUUACAGUUCUCCGUUAUGCAUGAACAUUUAUUUUAAAAACUUUACUCCAUGUCCAAUGACCUAACGAUGAUCACGUGAUCUGAGUUAUUUUUUGCAGGGUCACUCUCACACCCACCACAAAGAAGUAAAUUGUUUUCAUUUGAAGGCACAUGGCUUAGUGGAGCUGCCAUGUUUAGCUGUAGGCAGCAGCAGGGAAAGAAAAUCAUUAGAAACAGAUGGAGUAUCGGGAGCUGGCUAAAGAGACAGAAAAUGUCACAUCUGUGGGAUAGAAGACUGAUUCUAUUAACUAACAUAACUGUGGUCACAUAUCAAAUUAGACUCAUUGAAUGAUGUGACAGUUGGAUUAGAUAGGUCGCUGAAUUGGCUUUUGGCCUUGUGUGCGUGGCUGACUGCAUGCAGGAAUCAGCCUGGAGAAGCGUAAUGAGGUCUCUGGAUAAUUUCUUCAAGGCGGUCAGUAAUAAGCGCUGAUGCGAGGGAGCCUGGCCACCGCAGCUGGCCCUGUAUGAGAGGAGGGAAGAGGGGCUGGCUUGUCGGAUCAGUCUAGGACCCUGUGAGGGUUUCCUGUAUUGUGAAAUUUGAAACGCAUAACAUGAGAGCUGCAAGACCAGUCAAAAAAAAAAAAAAAAAAGAAAAACUCGAACCACCUACUUAGUCUGGGUUCUGUAUCUCUACGCCCUUAAGGCACGCUCAUUGCAUACUGAUGGCAAACCCUCCCAAAUAGUCUCAGAGAGAAGAAAGCAAGAGGCGCACGUGACAGAGUGGGAGGGGACGCAGAGGAGCUGUGGGGGUGAUAAAGAGUGAUUUUAGCCAUGGACCCUCCCAGUCAGCUGCAGACUAGAGAUUUACGCAGGCAGGUGGAGCCUACAAUUGGCUCUUUGUUGCUGUCAGAGGAAUGAACAUGUGCGUCUGUCUCUGCCGGCCUCUUCCUGGAGAGGACUACACUCAAACUCUGACGCCAAGCUCAUGUCUGUCUUUUUAUCCUCAUGGAAAAACUAUAAAACAUUGCAUGACUCCGGGCCUCUUUAUGGUGUAGUCUCUAGUUUAAUGCUCCGUUCAUGCCAGAUGAUGUUGUAUGAAAGUAUUUGAAUUAUACAACAUGAAUUCACAUGCUCAUCAUGCCAUGUGUGGGUUGCGUAGUGGGUGGCAUAAAAAGCAUGUAGACUUUUAUGGUCAAAUAUUUCAAUCCAGUAUUUUCUAUCCAUGAUGUAACUAAAUUGUGACUUUCUUCUUUCGAAAGAGUUUGAGCUUAUUUUAGUUAGAAGUUAAGACCUUCCCUGUGCUACCAAAGUAAGAUGGCAAAAGACGUCUGAGUUUGAAGAGAACCCCCCCACUUAAGAGGCCAAGCAGCUGAAUGUUAAAUGUACGUCUCAGUUUCUUUUAGAGUUCACUGGGUAAUUUGACCAGACAAAAUAACCGUUAGGAAACCAAACAUGUCAUUAGAGAGAUGAUUACAUGUUAGCCGUGCGGGGUUCUGCUUGGGCUUAACUCAGGCCAGACUGCAGCCCAUGUAGUUUGUUUUAGCAUGAACAUCACGACCCAACGAGAGAUGGAAAGAAGGGCAUACUGAAGACAUUUUAAAGAGAUCGCUCAGAAACAUUUGCCAAAGCUUGGUUUUUAAAGUCUCAAGUUUUACGUUAAAAAGUGGACAAGGUUUCGUGGGCAGCAAAUGCUUUAAUUUUAACGUUAAUUAACAUUAGCGCUGGUGCGUUGCAUCAUUACUUCAGUUAACUAAAUAAAGGCUUUUGACAAAUUGUUCUGCUAAAACUGUGCAGGGUACAAGUCCUAGGUUGUAGGGUAACACUAGUGCUAGCAAAUUGUACUUUUAAUUCUCUCUUACUUGUAAAUAUUAACUGAUACUUAUUCAAGCAAAUCAAAACAGACAUUUGUGUAAAAAAAAAAUCAAGAUGGAAAGAAGGGCAUACUUAAGACAUUUUAAAGCCCAGAAAAGUUGGCCAACAUUAUGCUAAAGAUUGGUUUGUAAAGUCUUAAGUUUAACGUUAAAAAGUGGACAAAGUUUUGUGGUUUUGGUCAGCAAAUGUUUUGAUUUUACCGUUAGUGCUAGCAAGCUCUUAAUCAACAUUAGCGCUGGUGCGUUGCAUCAUUACUUCAGUCAAUAGCCUGUUUUAACCAAAUACAGGCUUUUGACAAAUUGUUCUGCCAAAACUAAAUGCUAACUUGUAGGGUAACAUUGACAAAGUUCUCUCUUACUUGUAAAUAUCUUCCUGAUAUUUAUUCUAGCAAACAAAAAACAGACAUUUGUUAAACAAAAUCUUUAGCUGUCUAGCUCAUAGUCUAGCCUCAAACCUACUAUGAAGUAACUAUGCACCAAGGCUCACCUCACUGUAAUGUUUAUAUUUUUGGAAACUUUUGGGCUUUAAUGCCUUUAUUCAGAGCGGACAGGAUAUAGGAUAGAGCAGGAAGCCGGGAGAGAGAGCGGGGAGCAGGGAGCGGCAGGAUGGGAUCAAACUUUGGCCGUCAGAUGGAGGACUAAAGGCUCUGUAUGAGUUAAGUGAAUGCUGAAUUGAAAACCAGGUAACACUUAAAUUUGUCAACAGAGGAUCAACUUUAGAUUAUCUUUCAUUUAUCAGAGGUGCCAUGAGCCAUAAUCGUAGCUAAUUAAACACUCGCUUAUUCUGUGUCAUAAUGAGGGCAACUGAGUGUUAGUAAGUAACACAGGAGUUUUAACUGCGGGCAGUUAGAGAGGAUGUCGACUGCAGGUAGUGAGAGAUUACACACACACACACACACACACACACACGUUUGCGCACACACAAACAGAAAAGACUGCAACGUAAAAGGGUGGAUUAUGUAACAAAGGUUGAUGAAGUUUUCGUUCCUCACAUUUUUACCUUCAGUCAUGUCCUUCAUGUUUAGUACCAUCUCUGCUGAGACCAUCUCACUGGAGUAAUGAGACUUCUAAAUCUCUAAAUGCCGGGGCUUAGAGAUCUUAUUGCACCGCCUCACUUCCUUCUCUUACUGUCAAUACCAUGCAAUUAUAUCCACUGAUAAAUCCCCGCAUAGGCCCCCAUGCAACAAAGCCACGAGCACGUGGAUCGACUGUGCUAUCCCCCAUGUUCAGAGGUUACUGGGACAGCGCCCUUAACACUUGCAGGCAACUGGAAUAUGUUUGGCUCACAUGUGGUAAAGUGGUAAGAUUAUGUAAGUCUUUAUGUAAUCUGCGUCAGUGAACGUGAAUGACAUCCUCGAUCUGCUGCCAUCAGAGUGUGUCUGCCAGCUUGGUGCUGCCGGCCUGCCGGUAGGCUGCAGUGAGUGCACUCCUGAAACAUGCAGGAAACAUGCAGAAAAACACAUGCCUCUCACCACACUGAUCAAGUACAUUUUGGGAGCACAGCUUAGCGUGAUGGUGAAAAUGCCUUUUUGUCAUGCUAUAAUUCCUCUGGCAUCCUGUAAUUGUUCUGUGAAAUAGUGCCAUGCUCCUUUUAUUCACAAAGCUUUUUUCGAGAGCGGAAACAUGAAAGUCCAGCGGGACCUUGUGUAAAGAAAAGAUAGCGUGGUCCAGGUAUUAAAAGAGCUCUUUGGUUUGAUGGAUCGUGUUGCUGCCUCUCAGUGGUGUAGCUUACACCUCAUUCAUGUAUGGCUGGUAUCAUGUCUAUAUGCUCCCUCUGUAAUCUAAUUCUCCUGAAGGAGCCAGAGAACAGUAAAAAUAAGCACACACGCCACACAGUAUUGCUUACUUAAGACGAGUCCUUCUCCAAACAAGUUAAUCCGUCUAUGCUAUACAUUAUGUCCUGAAGGGUUGUGACUCAGGAGGACACAGGACAGGUCUCAAACAUGUCUGACUCCAGCACGUGCUAAUGGCUAAUCAUGUCACUGUCUAUCUGUGCCUCAGGUGUCCAAACCUGCUUUCCCUGACCCUGUCUGGCUGCGGACACAUCACCGACCAGGAUGUGAUCUCCAUGCUGCAGAGCUGCAGAAAGCUGCGCUGCCUCCAUCUGGAGAACUGCGUCCGCAUCACAGACUGCAGCCUGGAGGGUAUGGCGGCUCACGGAGCAAGUCUGGAGGAGGUGAAGAUUGACUUCUGCAGGAACAUCACUCAGACUGGGCUGCAGGCUGUCAGACAGAAGAGGCCGAGCAUCGUGUUGAGCGCAGAGAGGAGUGCCGGCAUGAUCCCGGACAGCAAACCUGAGGAGAGGGCGCCAUUUAGGAGGACGUUGCAGAAGGUCUUGCUGUUCUCCUGAAGGGAACUCUUUUACCUCGACCACAUAGAUGAGCAUUCCUGUAACUCUUAAACAUUACGGACUUCACUGUUGAUGCUAUUGCUCUGAUUUAUAACUGUAUUUAUUAGAUGUGUUUACACCCUCUUUACACAUGUUUUCAUGACACAUGCAUUGAAUAGUCUUCUUUAAAAGGCAUAUCCGGCGUAAAAUUAAUUUAGGGUCAAACACACCGUAACACCAAGUUAGACACCCCCUUGAGAGAUGAAUGUUGCAGAUCUGCUUCUCUAAUUAUACCAACUUCAGU